CAGAGCACGCGGGUGACCGUAGGUGUGACCAGGUGUCAUUUCCUGUAUAGCUCGCGCUGAGCUUAACCGGAGUGUUCAUCGGUAUUCACAGGACCUCUCAAUGGCGUCAACGGGAGAGCAAAAAGAAGUGAAAAUGAUUUCAGACCUGUCCAACCAAGUACUUCUCCAGUAUGAAAUCCUUCAAAGAGAAAAUGAAAAAAUCAAAAAGGAGAGUAAACAAAUGCAAAAGGAGAGAGAUGAGGCCUUACGGAAGCUGAAAGAAUUUGAACAAGUGUCACACAGGGUGAUCGAGGAGGUGAACAACAUUCAGGAGAAUCUAGAGAUUGAGAAGACAUGCAGAGAGAGUGUAGAAGCUUUGGCCUCAAAGUUGAACAGACAGAACCGUUCUCUGAAGAGGAAGAGUAUGCUCUUUAUGUCCCGCCUUGGUGCUGAUGUCGUCGCUGAGAUCAGUCUGGAUGAUGAGGAUGAUGAAGAUCCACAGGAGGAGGGGUCAGGUGUCUGUAGCUCCUCCCACUGUCAGAUUGUCAUUACAGAGCUGAGGGAUAAAUUAGAGGUGAUCCUGGCUGAGAAGAAGCAGAUUGCAAUCGAUCUGGAGAUGACAAGAGAGCAGCUCUGCCAAACUAGACAGGAACUACUGAAAGAGAAGCAUGAUAAUACUGUUUUAAUAGCUGAAACAUUCCAACAAAAGAAGCUCUUGGGAAAAUACAACAGAGUUUCUCAGUAUGCUCUAGAUGAGUUUGAGGCCUUGCAGGAUGAUCUAAAGCUUGAGAGGGACCUGCGAUCUGAAGCAGAGAAGUUUGCACAUGAGAUGCUAGUAGAGCAGAAGAAGCUGAAAAGACAAAGCCAGAUGUUGAUCCAAAGUGUGUCUUCAACAGAAGCUCUGCAGAAAGCUCUGGCAGAGAUCAACACACUGACACACACUUUAGAGACACAGAGACUGGAGCAUCAGCAGCAGGUGAAGGCUCUUGAAGAGCAGAUAUGUGGCAGUGAAUUAAAGAAGCAGCUGUCAGCGUUACAGAGACAGACCGAACUGCUGGAUGAGGAGAGGAAAGAGUGGCAGCACAAACACACUAAAGCUGAAACUGAGGCUAAAGACCUCAGAUUCACAGUGGAGGAACUGAAAAAGAAGCUCCAGCAGGUCUCCAAUCCACCACCAGGUGCCCCAGGACCCCCUCCUCCACCCCCGCCCCCACCUCCUCCACCUCCACCCCCUGCCCCCUCAAGCAACCCACUCAGCUCAUUACUCUCUAUGCUUCGUAAGAAAAAAGACGUGAGCACUGAAAUUGUAUUAGUGGAGAAGGACACCUCUGAGAAAGACCCAGAGAAGGACACCAGACAGCAAGCUGUGGAUGAGAUGAUGCAGCGCAUCAAAAAAGGAGUUCAAUUACGACGUGUUUCCCAGAGAACCAACAAAGCAAGACCGGGACCGAAAGAAGAGACAAAUUCUGCCAUACAGGAACUUCAUGGAAUCCUGAACUCCGUCAAGCGUCCCGGUCCCUCCUCCUCGCCUGGGACACACCCUCCAUCACCAUCACAGAAGUCUGAGCUGGAGAAAGCCCUGGAGAGACGAAGGGGAGCGCUGAAGGCUGCAAAGAAUAACACGAAUUUCAGUACUGCCCUGGAUCUGCCUCAGAAUAAGCAAACCCAGUCAGAACCAGGCCAGAACACAAGGGAUCAGGUUCAACACCCACUGCAAGACAACAAUCACCUUAUGCCUUCAUAGGAGCUGUAGGUUGUUCAGCACUGGUCUUUCAAAGAAUUGGCAUUUUGACCAACAUUACAGAAGAGAAGCAAUUUUGGUUCAUCAAUCACACACGACUAUUAUUCCUGAGACAAAUUUGUAAAAUAACAGACAAUGAAUUGAUGCUAUUUGUACAUUUAUUGACUGAGCUGUAAUGAAAUGUGUUAUUCUUUUUCAAAUUGUUGACAUGCCGACAUGACAAUAACAUGCUACUGAAUAGAAUAUAUAAAGCAGUUUCGUUUAAGUGAAGCAUUUUGAAAGCAUGUAUAGGCAUGGGCCUGAGGUGGUUUCAUUUAUGGCAGCCCUGAAGGCACAAUUGUGAGAGGCGGCUGAUCUUUGUGACUCUCUAAAUGCUUCAUUAAAGGAGGUCAGACUUUCGUGUAGUGUUGUUAUACAGUGGAAUACUUUUCUUAACCCUUUUUCUGGAGCUGAGCACAUCCUUGCUAUUGUCAUACUAACUUCCAGCAAAGACAAGAUAAUGUUUUUUUUUUUGAAGUGUCAAAGGAAGGAGCACAUUUUGAAAGGUUCCUGACAUUUAUUUUCAGUUUGAAAUGUGAAAUUUAAAAUGUUCAUAUAGUCAAAUCAUGAUAACUAUAUAUUUUUUCAAAUAAUAUAAAAUCUACUAUUAAAGAAACCCGAUAAUGACAUUUUAAUGCACCUCAGAACUUUGACUGUAGAAUAAUAUAAGGUAAGAAUAUUGUUUUUUGAAAGACAUCUUUAAUGCUCACCAAUAUAAAUUUUUUCCUGAUCAAAAAUACAUUAAAAAAAGUAAUAUUGUGUACUAUUAUAACAGUUUACUGUUUAAAUAACUGUUUUCUAUUUGAAUAUAUUGUAAAAUGUAAUUUAUUCCUGUUGGCAAAGCUGAAUCUGCAUCAUUAGUCCAGUCUUCAGUGUCACAUGAUCCUACAGAAAGUUUUGUAGAAAACCGUGAUUAAUGUUUUUCAGGAUUCUCUGUUCAAAAGAAAGUUCAAAAGAGCAGUAUUUAUUUGAAAUAAAAAUUACUGUCAUAUUUUGAUCAAUUUAAUGAAGCCUAUCUGAUAAAAUAAUAAUUUCUAAAAAAAAUAAAAUAAUAUUGUACUGCCCUCAAAUUUUGGACAGUAGUAUGCAUAAAAAUAAGGUUUUUCAAAAAUGAUUUAGGAUGGGUUUAAAGUAUUGGCUUUUGACUUGGUCUCAGUGAUGAAGUGUUUUUUUUUUUGUCUGCUCAUUGGAAUUUUGGCUAAACUUCUUCUACGUUUCUUACCUUCUAAUGUAAAUUUGAUGUCUGAAAUUUUGUAUCUUUCCCCAUCCAGUCCACAGAGAAGCAUUUAAUUCUGUCUGAAAUGCAUACUAGAUCAGAUUUAUACAAUGGUGUGACGUUUGUCAUGCCUCGUUACACAACAGGAUUUCAUUUCCUCCGGUGAGCUGCAGCUGCUGUGUUGUUGUUGUGCUGUGAAACAGGAGAUGUGUGUGUCUGUGUUGAGGCUCAGUGACGCCUUUCCACUGCUUUCACACACUUAGGCACAAUUUCCAGAGCGGCUUAGAGCUCUUCAUGGGGUUAAAUCUUCCCGGACACAAGAUGAAACUUUAUUCCCUCUCACCCUCUCUCCUAUCUUCUCUUGUUUUUUUGUUUUUUUUUAAACACUGUUCCUCACCUGACCCUGGCCUGCAGCAGAGAAUAGCACACACUGUACACUCCAAUUCAAGGCUGUGUUUGAGAAGCGUUUUAUAAAUGUGAUUGUAUGGACUGUCAUUGUGUUUUGUGAAUGAAAGAGCUUUGUGGAAUGUUGUUGUGCUGUUUGAGAUGUAGCUUUGAAUCUUUGGGGUCCUUUAAAAGCCGCAAGGAUGUUUGUAAUGUGUAUCUGGUAAACAACGAUAUUAAAGUGGGUUCAACUUCUCUUGUGAUCAUAUUUUGACACUGUUUUGUAGUAGACUAGAUAUAUACUAAAGCCCAUAUAGCAUGAGUCGAUAUCAGAGAUAUCAGAGAUAAAGAAAAGUAUUUUGUGUCACCGCCAAUAGCCUCGUGAGCAGCGCACUGACCUAUUGCUCCGUUGUACUAUGGGCUUAUGAGGACCUUUCCUGAUCCUGCCCCUCUCUCUCUCCCACUUCCCACUAGAGCCAAAAAUUAAAAAACAGAAAGCCUUUUUUUAAGCUAUGUGUUUUCUAUACAUAUUUUUUAUAGGCCAA